CAGCUAACAGAACUAGAGACAAAAGUCUUGAUUCAAUACCAAAAUUUGGCGAAAAGACUAAACCAUUUGGCACAAGUUAUAAAUAAAUUAAUAAAUCAACCAUCAACAAAAUUACUUGAAAAUUUACAAUUGAUUGAAAGUAAAAUAUCAUUAGUCUUUACAUUAUUCAAAGGUGCGGUUUAUAGUUUAUUCUUACAACAAGAA